GAGAACUGAUACUGUUCACAUGGUAACCAUUUUUGCGUCAUUACGUAGCGGCGCAGAGAUGUGACGUCAACGACAAACAGGAACAGAGUUGCAGAAAGUGAAAAAAAACGUUUGGACAACGUGAGUCCUGCGUGUAGAUAUUUAAUAUAUACACGACUGUGUUUGAUUUCUGUUCAGUUAGAUACAGUUGGAAGUUAUUUCGGAGCUUCAUUAAAACAACAAAGUCUCCGGUUAAGGUUACACGUGUAAACGUAUCGUCCUGUUUGUCUGAAUCCAGUAAUGGCUCUGAACAAGUCCAUGCAUCCCCGGAACCGAUACAAAGACAAACCACCUGACUUCGCCUACCUGGCCUCUAAAUAUCCAGAUUUCCAGCAGCAUGUCCACACCAGCCUGUCCGGACGACCCGUUGUGAAUUUCAAAGAGCCGGAGGCAGUACGGGCUCUGACCUGCACCCUGCUGAAGGAGGACUUCGGUUUGACCAUUGAGAUCCCUCUGGAGCGCCUCAUACCCACCGUCCCCCUGCGUCUCAACUACAUCCACUGGGUGGAGGACCUCAUCGACGGCCAGAAGCAACCACGCAGGGGCAUAGACAUCGGCACCGGAGCGUCUUGUAUCUACCCCUUAUUGGGAGCCACAAUGAACGGAUGGUACUUCCUCGCCACAGAGGUGGAUGACAUCUGUUUCGACUAUGCCACAAAAAACGUAGAGCAGAACAACAUGUCGGACCUCAUUAAAGUUGUCAAAGUCCCUCAGAAGACUUUACUAAUGGACGCUUUGAAAGAGGAGACAGAAAUUGUGUACGACUUCUGCAUGUGCAACCCUCCGUUUUUUGCCAACCAGCUGGAAGCCAAGGGGGUAAACUCCAGGAACUCACGACGACCCCCUCCCAGUUCCGUGAACACAGGUGGAGUGACGGAGAUCAUGGCGGAGGGCGGGGAGCUGGAGUUUGUCAAGAGGAUCAUCCAUGACAGUCUGCAGCUCAAGAAGCGCUUACGGUGGUACAGCUGCAUGUUGGGGAAGAAAUGUAGCCUGGCACCUUUGAAAGAGGAGCUGAGGAAACAAGGGGUGCCUAAAGUCACCCACACUGAGUUCUGCCAAGGACGCACCAUGCGAUGGGCCCUGGCCUGGAGCUUCUAUGAUGACGUGAUUGUUCCGUCUCCCCCCAGUAAGAAACGUAAACUGGAGAAGUCACGCAAACCACUGUCGUUCACACUUCCAGAGGCGGGGCUAAAGGAGCUCCAGGCCAAGGCCACGGCUUUAGGCUGCACCAGCUGCAGCCCCAUGGACGGCGUCACCACCCUGCUGGAGAAGACACUCACUGAUCUGCGGGUUCUACACAAACGUGUCCCAUGCAGAUCGCAGGAGCAGAGUCUGUUCAUCACAGCUGUAGAGAACACGUGGAUCCAUGGACGACAGAAACGGCGUGAACAAAAGCGUCAGCUGCGAGAGCUGCCCAGAGCCCCGCCCACUGCAGUCACACCUGUCCCUGCUACCGCCCCACCCUCUCAAAACCAGACCCCCUCCCCACAGAACAGUGGCACUCACGAUACCACAAAAUCUGCGUGUGACCAGGAGCAAGACGGCCAGCAGCAGCCUGUGGAGAUGAGCGACGAAUCAAACACCAGUGGACAACGAAAAGAGGCAGGAGAGAGUGCAGCAGGUGAGGAUGUGGUCAUGGAGUGUGUCUGCACAGAAGCAUCAGCUGCAGGACAGGAAACCAGUCCAAAGGAAGCGCCUUCUGCAGAAAACGAACUGCCCUCAAAGCAACCCCUGAGCCCCGCUGUAGUCGAACACUUCCUGUUUAAGUGUCUGCUCAAUGUGAUGCUCGAGGAGAAAGAUGUGAUGGUUGAGAUGCACUGGGUCGAAGGUCAGAACAAAGACCUGAUGAACCAACUGUGCACAUACUUGAAAAACACACUUUUAAAGUGUGUUGCAAAAUAGUAAUGGUUUGGAAAAAGGACUUAAGAUCUAGAUUUGAAACGGCACUAAGUAAAACAAUGCCAUAAGUAUUACCUUUAGUGACGAGUGCCUUUCUGUACAGGUGAUCGAUCCUUCAUACAGCUUUUGAGAAGUUCAGUAAAUGUUGAACUUACUGUGACUACUGGUGGUUCAUACCAGUAGUAUAUCGAUGUAAUUCUGCUUAUAUAUAUUUUACCUAGGACUGUACCUUUUGAGGUAGUGCAAACUUUUGUAUCUUGUGAUCAGAGUUGCAAUAAACACCCCUUUUUUUU